AUGGAAAUGUGCCAUUCACCACUUCUUCCACAGUACGAUAAUUUUCGACAUCCGGUGUUUGUGUCAGCUCUACUGUCUCUACUCUUCAGGUUUCAGUUGAGGUUUUGUGGAAAAGAUGAAGACGAGGGGGUUCUAUGUGAAGUGCUCGCUGGAGCAGAGGACGAGGAUUGUUCAGGAACACUGUGUGGGGCAGUUGAUGAGGAGGAUUGUUCAGGAACACUGGGUGGGGCAGUUGACGAGGAGGAUUGUUCAGGAACACUGGGUUGCCAAUUGACAAGGAGGAUUGUUCAAGAACACUGGGCGGGGCAGUUGAGGAGGAAGAUUGUACAGGAGGAACACUGGGUGGGGCAGUUGUUGAGGAGGAUACAUGAGGGACACUGGGUGGAGCAGAGGAUGACUGAGGGACACUGGGUGGAGCAGAUGAUGACUGAGGGAUACUGGGUGGAGCAGUUGACGAGGAAGAUGCCCGAGGGACACUGGGUGGAGCAGUUGACAAGGAGGGUGCCCAAGGGAUACUGGGUGGAACAGAGGAUGACUGGGGGACACUGGGGGAGCAGAUGA